CGCUCGAUCCUCCACGCCUCCGCUACCGCCUUCGGUGAGCACGGCCUUCCUUCCAUAGUCUCCCGCCUCGUGACGGAGCUCUUCGGACGCGGGUUUGGCGACACCGGCGAGAUACGCAGCCUAGUACUUUUCUGGUCUCAGUGAAAAGGGCGAAGAAGAAGUCGCAAGCGUUCGCAUCGACCUGCGACCUAAAACGCCGCUCCUUAUAGAGGGCGACGGGGAUACAUUGAAGAUCCCAUCUCCAGCUAAGGGAGAGCUUCCCUCUCUCUCUUCGUUUCGCGUGACCCUUUUCUCAUUCGGCGUAUUGACUCUCGGUUUCUCUUCGUCCGCCGGGUGAUCUUGUCGCUCAUCGAACAGAUCUGGAGGUCUUGAGCUGUUAAAUACGAUGAGCUCCGGAAGGAAUAAAGGGAUCUUCGAUGGGUUGCCAAUUCCUGCUGAUAAAGCUUAUCUGAAAGAAGGGCUUUCCAGGAUAGAUGAAAGUUGGGCAGCUGCCCGUUUUGAUUCAUUGCCUCAUGUUGUCCAUAUUUUGACAUCAAAGGAUCGGGAGGGUGAAGUUCAGUUCUUGAAGGAACAAAGUGAUCUCGUUGAGGAUGUUGUGGAUGAAGUUGUGCAUGUUUAUCAUCAUGGGUUCAAUAAAGCAAUUCAAAACUAUUCCCAGAUCCUGCGGUUGUUUAGUGAAUCUGCUGAAAGCAUAUCUGUUCUUAAGGUUGAUAUGGCAAAUGCAAAGAAACUUUUAGGCUCUCGCAAUAAGCAAUUGCAUCAAUUAUGGUAUCGAUCUCUUACUCUGCGCCAUGUACUAGCUUUGUUGGAUCAAAUUGAGAGUGUAUCAAAGGUUCCUGCUCGUAUUGAGAAACUGAUCGCAGACAAGCAGUUAUACGCUGCAGUCCAGCUGCAUGUGCAGUCAAUGCUGGUGCUUGAGAGAGAAGGCCUUCAAGUGGUUGGUGCUCUUCAAGAUGUUCGAUCAGAACUAGCAAAGUUGCGUGGGACACUGUUCUAUAAAGUUUUGGAAGAACUGCAUAAUCAUAUUUAUAAUAAGGGCGAAUACAACUCGGCUACAUUAAGCAUAUCAGAGAGGGAGGAUGAAGUACUAACAGCUACUGGACUUGAGUAUUCAGUGAACAGUUUGCAGCCUUUAUCAAGGAGAACAAGAUUAGUAAAAGUUGAUAGUUACUUUGGUGGAUCAGUAUCUGCUGAUGGCUCAUACAGGCCAGGUUCUAUUGAUGAUGGCUCAUCCUUUGAUGGUCACGAUGAUGAUAGUGUAGAGAUAGCUGAAAGUGGUGCCUCAGAUGGUGCCUUUCCGUCUGCAAGAGUUCAUGCUGAAGGACAUAUCAGAAGCAUUUCUCGCCAAACUCCGGCAUGGCUUUCAAAUGCAAUGCCUGAUGAAUUUCUUGAAUCCAUGAAAAAAACUGAUGCCCCACUUUAUGUGAAGUAUUUACGUACAUUAGUGGAGUGCCUAUGCAUGCUUGGCAAAGUUGCUGCUGCUGGUGCCGUCUUGUGCCAAAGACUGCGGCCUACUAUCCAUGAUAUUAUCACUUCAAAGAUCAAGGUACAUGCAGCACGAAAGUCAUCAAGGUCAAGCAUAGAUCCUGUUACCAAGAAAACUCAAUCUGAUGUAAAUGAUUCAAAAGGAAUUUUCGAAGGAUUUCGAGUUCUGAAACAGAAAAAUAAGAAUAAUUCAUCUAUUUCGGGAGCACAAGUGGUUGUCAGUCCUGUGUCACCAGUUAUGACACCCAUGGGAGCAGCACAAGCUGCUGUCAGUGAAUUUCUCAACUCAAUAUUGGAUUAUGUCAUUCAUAUACUUGAAAACCAUGUCGUUGUUGGAGAGCUUUUGGAAUCAAAAUCAUCUCAACAAGGUGACAAUAUGGUCACACCAAAGUCUGCUAGUGGUGAUACAGUAUGGGGUGCCGAUUCUGAAUCUUCUCAAACUGGAGGCUUCAGUGUGGGUUUCUCCCUGACAGUUAUACAGAGUGAAUGCCAACAGCUGAUAUGUGAAAUUCUAAGAGCAACUCCGGAAGCUGCAACUGCAGAUGCAGCAGUCCAAACAGCUAGGCUGGCAAACAAGGGCCCAGCAAAGGAAAAGAGGAAUGGAUCUGAAGGACUUUCCUUUGCUUUUCGUUUUACAGAUGCAGCUGCAUCCAUACCCAAUAGAGGAUCCAGCCAGGGAUGGCAAAGGGGCCCAAGCGCACAACAAGAAGGAUAUGGAACUUCAGCUGUGCUUCCUGAUCAAGGAAUUUAUCUAGCAGCAUCAGUUUAUCGUCCAGUUCUUCAGUUUACUGAUAAAGUUGCAUCAAUGCUGCCCCAAAAGUAUUCACAGCUCGGGAAUGAAGGCUUGCUAGCAUUUGUUGAGAAAUUUCUAAAGGAUCACUUUUUACCAGCCAUGUUUGUAGAUUACCGAAAAUGUAUCCAGCAGGCUAUAUCAAGUCCAGCAGCAUUUAGGCCACGUGCAAAUGGUUCAGUCUAUCGGCCACUGGUUGAGAUGGGACGCCCUGUGCUGCAAGGCCUCUUAGCUACCAAUUGUUUGGCAAAAGAGGUGCUCGGUUGGGCACAUUUAAUGCCAAAAUACGCAAUUGAACUUGUUGAGUUUGUGCAAACAUUCCUGGAACGUGCAUAUGAAAGAUGUAGAGCGUCAUACACAGAGGCUGUUCUAGAAAAGCUAAGUUAUAUGCUCAUUGGAAGAAGUGAUGUAGAAGGCUUGAUGCGACUUCACCCAUCCAAUGUUUUACUACAAAAAUCUCAUGAUGAGUUCUCACUUGAAAACAAUGUUUCAGAUGCUGAAACUGUUGAAGUAGAGAUUGAGAUGAGUGACCUACUAUUGGGUCUGCGUCCAAUUAAGCAGGAAAACUUAAUUCAUGAUGAUCAUAAACUCAUUUUGCUGGCAUCACUUAGUGAUUCAUUGGAAUAUUUGGCAGAUUCUGUUGAAAGACUUGGAGAGAUCUUUGGAAGACCACCAGCUAGCACAGAGGAUAAAAUUAUGAACAAUCAAUCUCAUCGCCAUGCACGGAGUACAAGUAAAAUUCCUAAAAGUUUUGCAUCUAUAGCUGAUGAAAAUAGAAGGCUGGCAACUGACUGCCUCAGAGUUCUACGAUUGGAAAUGCAGUUGGAAACAAUUUUUCAUUUGCAGGAAAUGACCAAUAGGGAAUACUUAGAAGAUCAAGAUGCUGAAGAACCAGAUGAUUUUAUUAUUUCACUUACAACACAGAUUGCACGUCGGGAUGAGGAAAUGGCACCAUUUGUUGCAGAUAUAAAGAGAAAUUAUAUAUUUGGUGGAAUAUCUAGUAUUGCAGCCAAUGCUUCAAUAAAGGCCUUGGCUGAGAUAAAAUCCAUUAACCUACUGGGGGUCCAACAGAUAUGCAGGAACUCCAUUGCACUGGAACAGGCUUUGGCAGCUAUACCAUCAAUAGAUAGUGAGGCAGUCCAGCAGAGAUUAGAUCGUGUUCGGACAUACUAUGAGCUCCUAAAUUUGCCUUUUGAGGCCUUGCUGGCAUUCAUUCAAGAACAUGAGUACCUCUUUACAAGGACAGAGUAUUCAAGCCUUUUGAAGGUCAAUGUCCCAGGUAGGGAGAUUCCAGUUGAUGCAGAGAAGCGGAUAUCAGAGGUCUUGGGCAACUAGAUUUCCAGAUGAAACUGAAGGGUGGAUUUCUGAUAUUUGGUCUGGAUGACCUCAGAUGUGAUGCAGAUUCAUGUUUUGCUUCUAUCACCAUGACCAUCCACCAGCCAUGGUGAGCUCAUGCAGAUUUUUGGAACACUGAAUUUAUUGCUUUAUCUCAAUAGGCUACCAUAUUGCAGAGGUCGGUCUAUAUUUACACUAUCAAUUUUAAAUAUCUUUUAACAGUUUCAUCUAUGAUUGUUUUUUUCUUAUUUUUCUUUUCUUUUGUAAAGUUUUUUACAUUUGUCUGCUCUUCUGCUGUCAGUUUUUUUCUGGCUGGCUACUCCUGUUUGGCAACCAGAUUGAUAAGAUUGUAGAGCCAUGAGCCAAACUUGGCAUCCAAUUCUGCAUGAUUAAAGAUAGAGUCAACUAGGCUUUUACUUUU